AAAUUGUUUCGAUAAACAUUUGAAAAUUGAAAUUCGUUGUUGAUUCUUGAGCGUUGCGCUCGGCAGUCGGGAGAGGUGUUUGUGCAAGAGUUUAAUAAAUAUAGUUAGAAGAUGGGAUUGAAUUUGCAUUUACAGGAAUGAAAAACGUUUUACGCAUAUAACUUAUUUUGAAUAGAUAUUUUUUUUUGUGUGGUGGAUGAAGCGACGUAUAAUGGAUCCAACUGAAUGCACAGACUUGAAACGGAAAGGCGCACUGGCGCUGGUGGAGACGAGCGCGGAGCCGCGGGGCGUGUCCCUGGUGAGCCCGUGGCGAGCGACGAGGCCCGACCCCAGCGACCUGGUAGCCCUCGCCACCGAGAUACAGAAGGCGGACGGCCUGGUGAAGGCGACGGCGUGCAGCAAGCUGCAGGUGAUCGCGCAGCAGAUGCGCUUCCUGCAGGAGCAGGCGCGGCGCGUGCUGGCCGAGGCCCAGCGCAGCGCGGCCGUGCACCACGCGGCGUGCAACUUCCGCAAGAUCCCGGGCCACGUGUACCACCUGUACCGCCGGCCGUCGGGCCAGCAGUACCUGUCCGUGCUCUCCCCGCAGGACUGGGCGAGCCAGGGCGGGCCGCCGCAUGAGUUCGUGGGCGCGUACCGCCUGGAGCAGGACCAGUCGUGGACCCCGGAGGAGGAGAUGGACGCUCGCGAGGCGGAGAUCGCCGCGCUCGACAGGGUAGUGUCGUCCAGCAAGGCGGGGGGCAUGCUGCAGUUGCUGGACCACCGCGCUGGCGACACGGCGAUGGACAGCUCCUAGCCGUGCCCUAGCCUCGAGUGAUGCACCGAACUAUAAGAGUCUGCUGGUCAGAAAACUGUUAAUAUUUUAAUUGCAGGUUCGAGGUAACCACACUAAGCUUUAAAGCAGCAUUUGUUUUUGGGGGGUUUAAUUAGUGCUGCGUCUGUUCCACUUUCCCUUGCUCUUGGUUCUCACAGUUCUUAGCACGCUUGUUAAUAAUCUCCCUUGCUUGAGUAAACACUCCGAAGCCUGCAAAAUUCUUGAUCUACGAGAUGCAGUUAUGAAAGAUGUACAUUGAUGGCACCAUUGUUUGGUUAUGAUUACAUUUGAGAAAAAUUCCGACCGUACUGCACUGUAGGAUUUUGAAACGUCAAUUUCACCUUCUCUCGUCAUGGGACUGCCAGCACUAUCGACCGUCUGAUCUCACUAGAGAAUGUGUUUGUCACAGUGCAACAAAGCCAGUGUGCGCUCAUGCACACUGAUGAGACAGCCAGUGGGAUGGAUGGAAAGAUACUUGUCUGCCACUGGCAUUUUGGCUGGGAACGUAGUUGCGCGAGGGAAAUAACCAUAUUGAAGAAUGGUAGUGUAGAUUAUAAGGAACCAAUAACAGUGAUAUCACAGCUUCUGCUCUCACAUUUCUGUACAUACUGUAUUUAUCAGUGUUUAUGUAGGACAUUUUAUGUCCAUCAGUUAAUAAAUAUAUGCCACAGGGAAA